CAAGGACGUUUCUUGUACACUUGCCAUGGUAUUGAAUUGGAUGCCACACCUCGCCAUUUCUUUAAGGAUCGCGCUUGAAUAAACAAGAGAUCUCAGGACAUGUUGCCAUGGCGCCGUCUGAUCGGACAGUUCAUCGCCGAGUAUUAUAUCCCUGAAUCUAACAACUUGCAAGCCCUGCAAAUCUGCAUAAAUGUUCAUGAUCGUCCAAGCAGUUGGCAAGCAGCGGUCUUUGCAUCUCGCGGGUUCUCUGAAACAUCUCUUCUCCAUCGCUCUCGCUCUCCUGAUCGCGCUUCCAUGGCAAGCCUCUUGCACCAGGCGUCAAUGCCGGCGACGGCGAUGGUUUACGAGUGCGACGAAGAGUUCGUGCCGCAGGGCUUCACCUGCUUCGGCCGCUCGCUGUCGCGUGCGUCGUCGUCGUCGAGCCGGCUGGAGUACGGGUCUCUGGGGGAUCAGGGCGAGGGGAAGCGCGCGGCCCAGUCGGCGCGGGCCAAGCUGCGGUGGAAGGCGGCGGCGCAGGAGAUCAUGGCGAAGGGCGGCGGCGGCACCGGAGCGCGGCGGAGGAAGCAGCAGGCGGCGGCGUUCAGCUACGACUCGAGGAGCUACGCGCUCAACUUCGACCACGGCCCCGCCGAGUAGCAACGCCGCUGCGUGCCGAGCCAGCUGCCUGCGGCUCUCCUUCACGCGGACUGCUUGCAGAGCCUGAUCAGGGCGGCGUACGCGCGUGCACGUCGCGCUCGCGCGCGCGGGGCGGGCCGGCGAGGGCACGGAGCGGGCGUCGGUAAUCCUCCCAGCGUGGCAAGAAACGAAUGCAUUGCACAGCGUAGAGAUCAACGCUCAACGCCAGCUCUUGCUCUAGUUUCAUCUGCUUUGGUCGCUCUUUUUUUUCUUUUUUUUGCUGUUGUUCAGAUGAUACAUGUUCAUGUUGGGGUGGCACAUCCUAGCGUCAUCGUGUGGUGUAAUAAGUGCAAGUCUCCCACAGUAAUUUCUUCGUCGCGUUUUUACCGUUCUCCUGCAGGAGUAGGUGCUCCAUCAGAGUCCGUAUUGACCGGUCAGAAAU